ACAACAACAACAACAACAACAACAGAGCUCGCCCUUAUUCAAUUAUCGACAACAGUCAUCUUCUCUGCGAAGCGGUGGGAGCUAUUUUAAUAGUCACCCACAACAGGCAGCACAGCCAUUUGCCUAUCCAGUAGGCUCGUCUUCUUCUAUGGAUGAUUUUAGCAGUCCUCAUCAUGGACAACUAUACCAUCAUCAACAGCAGCAGCAGCAGCAGCAGCAGCAACAUCAUCAUCAGCAGAGUGGAUAUGAUUUGAAUGACGCUAUGCUUCCUUCGUCAUUGAACGACUUGUUUACACCCAACGAACUACAUGCGAGAAGUCUACGACAACAGUCGAGAGAGAUGGCUGUACCACCGCCUUCAUCCUUUGAAAGUCCAUGGCGAGUUCCUUCUUCCUUUGGUGAGACAGCGGCCAUCAACAUUCCAUGUGGAAAUAAUACUACGAGUGGCAGUAGUGGUACAAGUAGUGGAAGUUACUUACAGGGACAACACAACGAUGACGAUGAAUUUCAGUUCUUUAUGGAAGAUGAUGAGGCUGUAACAUUUGAUCACAUGAAUACAAAACCUCCUGUCACGCCUUACACCAUGCCUCCACUCAUUAGUCUGCCCAGUACAUAAUACAACACAUCACACACACCACAAAAAAAAGUUUCUUUCUUACACACACUUAAAAAAAAAGGCCAUCUUUUGUUUAAUAUUCCUCCCAUCAUUUUUAUAUAAAAAAAUAAAAAAUUAUUAUUUCCUUUUAC